AUGGCAAGUUCACCUCCAUUAUCCGUUAAAAGUGAACCAGCAGAUAUUUUAAUUAAUGUUAAUGAACCAAAUUCAUCCUAUACAUCAGCGUACGAUACAUCACUUGACAAUUCUUUAAUAGAUCAAAUAGAACCAACAUCACCAUCGAUUGGUAUUGAUGCACCAAUAAUAUCAUCAAAUGAGACAUCAUUUGAUCUUUUACAAGGGUAUUCAGCACCAACACUCCCUGUUUAUAUUAAUAUGGGUUUAAAUGAACAUCCUGAUGAUGUAAAUUUUGUUGGACCUAUAACAACACUUGAUCAACCUUUAUCACGUUCAUUAGCAGCUAUUGAUGUUGAUCAACAAAUACCUCAAACAACAAUUCAAAGACAUAGUCAUCAUCAUCAUCAUCAUUUUCCACAUCAUCAACAAAAUCGAAAUCGUUAUCCAUAUUUACAAAGACCAAUUAUGCCGAGAGGAUCUAAUCGAACACAAAUUCCAGCACAUAGUUUUGAUAAUUUAUAUCUUUAUGAACAACGACCUGCUUUUCGACGUUCUUAUUUUGCUUUAAGACGACAAAGAAUACCGAAAGCUCCGCCAAUGCCAAAACAUUUAUUUCCUGUGAAAACGAAAAUGUAG